AAAUGUUGUGAAGUAUAAAUAGAAAGUAGCGUCAAGUGGAAAUACACAAGUGCUUCCUCCACUGUUUGUAAUUCUUUUCAAUAACUGAGCUAUCACAGAAUUAUAUUGAUGAUCAAUGGAAAUAUUCGCCGAUAAUAAUCGUUAUGCAGUUUUUUUUUUCUUUUUUUACAAUUCACAGCCCACACACACACACACACACACACUCAAAGGAGCGGCAGGUGUCAGCAGAACACACCCUGAGCCUUCAGCAGGUAGCCGAUGUGUUUCUACAGUAUUUAUGACCCAGUGUGAGUGUGGCUCUAUCUGGAGCUGGAGCAGUGAGGGUUCAGGAGCCUAUUACGGCUGAAGUCCUCUUGGUGACGCUCUGCUGACAUCACUCCGAUAUUCCCCAGCUCAGCUCCCCGCAUCAGACACACGGAGCUCCGCAGACUCUCCCACGCUCCGUCCACACUUUGUUUCAGUUUCGCUCCGCUCGCCGUGAACGAGACGCGCUGUCACACACAACCAGCCCACGGCUACCUGAGCGCACUGUGGCCGGCCCACACGGGGAGGGGUUUGGCUCUCCCUGUCAUUAACAGAUUCAAAAACGAGAGAGAGAGAAACUUAGCGCAGUCCUGGUUGAAGAGGUCCGUACACAGAGAAGCAGAGGGAAAGAGAAUCGGCAACUUGGCUGAUUUCAACCCAGGCUGUCUGAACUGAGCUCGAAGUUUCUUGGCUGAUCGGAGAAGGAAUACUUUGGAGCCCGUCUGCCCCACACAGCGCUGUUGUGGAUAUUUACGUCCACCUUGUCUCCUCUUUAGAAGAAUGGCGAGAGAUUACGCGGCGCGCUGUCCGGUCUCUCCGGUGAGAAACACUUGGCUGGUGGCGGCAACGAUCCUCCUCGUUGCCAAAGGUAUCGGGGCUCAGAAAGUGCGAGUGGAAGAGGAGCUGGAGGCGUAUCCCACAGAGUCCGUGGAUCUCCGUUGCCAGUUCAUCGAUGGAGGAGGCCGGACCAAGCUCACACAGGUGUCUUGGAUCUGGGAACCCACUGACGGCCAAAGGGACAACAUUGCUGUUUACCACCCGAUCUACGGACAGAGUUUCCCCAACGUGGCUUUCAAAGACCGAGUCGCCUUCCUGCACAACAGUCUGGAGAAUCCGUCCAUCAGGAUUUCUAAGCUGAGAAUGUCCGACGCCGGCCGCUACACCUGCGAGUACGCCACCUAUCCUUCUGGAAACGAACAAGGGACGACCACCCUCAUCAUGCUCGCCAAGCCUAAGAACUCAGCCAAGGUGGUGACUGUCCAGGCUGGCACCAAAUCGGUGGUGGUGGCCCAGUGCGAGGCGGCGGAGGGCAAACCGGCCGCUACCAUCAAGUGGCUGGCAUCGGUCGGAGGAAACCACUCAACCAGCACCACAAACGGCCCGGACGGGACGGUGACGGUACGCAGCGAGUACCGCCUGGUUCCCACGCCGACGGACAACGGCAGGGAGGUGACCUGCAUGGUCGACCAGAAGACACAGGAGCGGCCGUGGGUUUACCCAGUGAAGCUCUCCGUGGAGUACCCGCCCUCCGUGUCCAUAGAGGGCUACGACAACAACUGGUACAUCGGCCGCUCUAACGCCGUACUCCUCUGCCUGGCCAACGGCAACCCUCCACCCACCACCAUCACCUGGACCGCGGCGUCCGGUGCGUUGCCGGACACGGUGGUGGCAGACGGCAACAAGCUGAUGGUAAAGAAGGUGGAUGACGCCGUCAACACCACCUUCAUCUGCGAGGUCAAGAACAAGCUCGGGGCCAGCAGGCACCACAUCACCACCAUCGUCAUCGAGGAGAGGAGACAAAUCACUCCAGGCCCUUCGACAGGUGCAGUUAUCGGUGGUAUCCUUGGCGCCCUCGCCUUCAUUGGCAUCAUCAUCGGCACCGUCCUCUUCAUCCGCAAGCGCCAGGAAGACGGAGAGGGCCCUCCCAAGCACAAGCCCCCUCCCCCUGUGAAGGCAAGCAGCUCAACAGAGAUGCUGAACAAGCCAUCGGGGCCUCCCACGGCCACAGAGACGGUACCUCUCAGCCCAGGAGAGGUUUACUAUGAGACCACAGGAAAAGAGCCUGUCACGAACCUGGAUGACGAGACCAAUGGUGCUUUGAACGGCGGCGCACCUCCAGUCCUGGACGAUUCGGCCAAAUACGUCAACAUCAACGAACUCACAGACCACGUCGCCGACGGUCACCACGGCAACGACCUGGAUCCAUCCAAUCACGAGCCACCGGCUGCCAACAUCUCUCGCGGUGAGAGCUUCGUAUCUUCCGCCAUGUAUGUGUAGCCGUGGCAACCAGAGCACCGCAUCACGGGCAUAUGGGCAAGUUCCAGGUCACCUAAAUUUGCACGAAAAGCAAAGGCGAGCACACUUGUUUCCACACCAGAAAACCCUUGUUUUCAUUUUAAAGUUUUAACUUUAACACACAAUGAUCUGAGUUUACUUUUCUUCACCAUGUUCAUUAGGGGAUGUUAUGGGUCAAAACAUUUCCAAAUCUUCCCAUUGGUAAAUCCACUUGGGCCAAGAGAAGAAUGGGUAACAGGCUUUUGUUUUGUUUUUGUUUUUGUUUUGUUUGUUUUUUUUUACUUUUGAAUAGAGUUUUAAACAUCAUCAUAUUUUAAAUAUCUGGUUCAGAGAAAAGAGAAAUAAAACAUAAAAUGUGAUUAUUCCUUUUUUAAAGAUUCGCACUCACACUGAUAUCUAACGUGCCAGACACCCACUGACAUCAUGUGUGUGCUGCUUAUGAUGAGGCGGGCUUUUACAAUAUGUUAAUUACAUGGUUGAGAGGUGUUGCAAUGUAGGUGAACUGGAACACUCCCCUCAGCUAAUUAACACACAGCGCUCUGCCUGUGUGCUGCUUGCGAAUCUAAAUUUCCACCAAAAAUCAGCAAGACAACUGCUUUUUCUGUGGAUUCAGUAUGAAAUAUUAUAUGCAACAUCUUGUGUCAUGAACAUAACAACAUCCUCAUCACAAAAUUAUUGUUUUAUGUGAGGCUGCCAGUCCCGGGCUCUUCUGUUUACAGCCGUGGAAAGUGAUUUGAAUUUCUUUUCCUCUCUAUAAAUACAGAUAAAACACCAGGCUCCUGUUGCAGCCUUGUUCUACACAGAAAGUAAAAAUACCAUCUUUGAAAUCCCUUCAAAGUGCUCAUUUUCCAUGGUUGGUUGGGUUUGAAUUACAUACAGCUGAAUUUGGUCCCAGGAAGUCCAAAGCCUGAUCAUCUGGCUAUGCAGGCAGCUUCAAGUAAUUACUCAAGAUGUUGAACUGAAAGUGUUUCAGUUCUUAAUCAACUCCUAUAAUAAUUCUAAAAUACAGCCUUCCCAACUCUUGUCCAGGCUACGGUCCAAUAAAGAAACAUUCCACUUUAUUAUUUUGUCAAAGGGACUCAUCUGUCUCUGGACUGCAGCAACUGUCAGCAUGCUGUUAUCACUAACGAAGGGGAAGUGACAUUGUUUUGAAUCCCUGUAACUUGGCAACAUGACAUGAUUAAGAUUCCAUGAUUCAUAUUUGCUGUUGAUAAUUGCAAGAGUUGGUGAGGCUGUGUGAUGGGGCAGACAAAAGUAGGUUUACAGCAAAAGCACACACAACACAGGGAUCUUACAUGCACAUGCACGCACACACACACACACACACACACACACACACACACACACACACACAAAAACACCAAUGUUUGUAUUCAGUCCUCCUCUAAUAAAUUACAUUAUUAAGGUUGAGAAAUGAGGAAUGUAUUUUCAAAGUGUGAAAAUGUUCAGCAUAUAUUUGAAAAUUACUGCCAUUACAGCCAUUUUAUCUGAGUAAAAUGGACACACACUCCGAUAUAUGCAGGACAUUUUACAAUUGUAAAACAUAUGCAUUGUAGCUGAUUGUCAACAUAAAGCAAAAAAAAAAAAAAGAAAGAAAACAACUAUGCCCGGCUGAAUCAAAAAUUGGUCUUAAUAGAUGUCAGAUGGUACCAAAUUAUGAACAAUGUAAAUAGUAUUGAUAAUAUUGAUGAAUAAUAUAUUGUUGGUGAAAUGUGUACACAUAAAAUAAACAAGUGUAGGUGUUAUCAGUGCCUCUGUACAGGGGAUUGGAAGUUUGUUAAAUGUCAAAUUGAGGGAUAAAAAAAAAAAACAAAGUGUAUAUUACUAUUUUACUUUUCACGGGUACACUGAGGUUGUCACUUAAUACUAAAAUAUUUUAUUUGAGUAUAUAUUAAAAAAAUGAAAUGGUGUGGAUUUUACUCCUUGUUCAUAUUACUCUGCAUGGCAUGAUCGGUGGCUUGUUGAAACACUUUUCCCAAGGCUGUUUGCGGAAUAAUCUCUUUCAUUUGUAAAAACAUUUUUGAAUGUCAAAAGCUGUUUUUUUUUUUUUUUAUCUCCUUCUCAAUGCAUCUGUCACAGUCAUGCACACCAUGAGCACAAGUCCAAUUUAAGUUGAGAGAGCUGUUUUUUUUUUUUUUGGUAGUGUGACGGCUCGGCAGGCUGCCCGUUCUUGUCUUUAGCGUUGAUCCAAAAAUGCGGUCAGCAUGGAAUCUUCAUCUCUCACGGCCACAGGGUCCAAUAUACACAGAGAUGCAAGCUUUCCUCUCGCCAUGCUCAAUCUUCAGCUCUUGCUCGAGACCGCAACAAAUGUUCCUGAGUUAUCAUUGCUGAUGGUUGGAGGACAGGCUGGAGCUGACCACGCCAGUUCAAAUCACCUACAAAAGCACAUAUGCAGGUGGUGGAUAAACUGCAGAUUUGUAAACAGUUAUAAACGGGUAUAGGAGUUGAUGGAGCUGGCAGAUAGAGAUGGAAACAGGAGGAGAGGCACAUACAUGACCAAAUAAAUAAGAUUGAUAGAUUAAGAAGAUCACAGGUAGGAGGGAAGACGUAUGACAAUCAUGUGUUAAUAUUUAACCAUCACUGGCUUUGGUGGAGAGGCUGUUUUGUUGUUGUUCAUACAGUUGUAGUUAUUGUAGAACUCCUACUUUCUCUGCUACUCUUCAGAUCUGACAAAUUAUGGAAAAAAAAAAAAAAGAUUAAAAAAAAGGUUUUACUCUUGUUUCUCAUUUUGCUGAUUUAGAUUCAUCAUAAAACACCUGACUUAUGCUGUGGAGAUUAGUUGGUGAGCUGCAAUAUUUGGUUUUCUUAUGUAUGCAGAUGCAGGAUCAAUUGGGAUUUCUACAAUAACUGCUAGUGUAAAAGCUUCCUUUGUAUGUGUGCUUUGUGUCUCUGAGAUGUUUAUUUUGAUUAAAGGGAAUGUCUGCAUGCUGCAUGGACCUAUGGGAAAAAGCUAUUUCCUCGUUUUGCAAGAAGAGUCGCGCCGCCUUGACAAGCAUAUGGCUUUUUGACUCGCUUAUAUGGUGCAGUGUCAGACAAUCACAUAUAAUGUAUUUUAUAGCUCUGCCACUGAACAAAAACUGUCAUAAAGGGAAAUUAAAUGUGAUGGUUUUGCUCUUUUAUCUGUAAAUUAAUUUCCCAAAAUGAAUGAAUAUUUAGUUUCCUGUGGAUUAAUGUGUUUAAUGUGUUUGCCAGCGGGCCGCUGUUGAUAGAUUGAGCAAAAGGAAAAAGACAAUCAUUGGGACCCAUUAUAUCAGAGACCAAUGACUCAGCAAGCAUUCAGUUAUGAGUUUCAGCUCUGCCGUCUCAUUUGGGGGAUCAUUGAGUUUUACCCAGAGCCUUAUGUUUAAUAGAGUUGCUUCAUUCUGAGGUAUCUUAAAUUAGAAUCUUAACAUCUCCAGGAACAUGGUCGUUGUGAAGCUGUCUCCUCUCCUGAAAGGGGAAAUUGCAAAGACGUAGCCCAAACUCAGUUUAUAGGUUUCGUUCGCCUCACAGCACGAGUCAACAAAUAUAAGAAGUGCAGUGACUUCAGAUGGAUUAGCUGUUAGAUCACGGCUCUGAGUCCGUCCCAUGUGCAAGAGCUGCAGUGUUGCAUUUCGGCCGACGUGCUUUGCUCCGUCUCCCUGCUCCGUCUCCUCGCUCCCCCUGUUACGGGUUCAAUGCCAGAAACACAAGCUGUGAAUGUCAGUGAUAAUGCUGUUCAGUCUGAAUCCUCUCCUUCAUUUGCCCUCUCUCUUCUAUUUUUUCCCCCCUCCUCUCCAUUCUCUCUCAUUCAUCCAUUGUCAUCACAGCUUUUCAUCACGGAGCCAGACGUGCCUUCUUUAUGUUAUUUUUAGCUUUUCAAUUCUCACAUUUCUUGUCUGACAGUAUAACGGAUGAUGAAAGGAGGAAACACACAAACACAGGAUGGGUUUGACAUUGAUGAUGGCAAAGCUAAAAAAGAAAAAAAAAAAACUGGAGAUGUAAUCAUAUUUCAGAGUGUUUAUCAAUUUUCUUUCAUUUUCAUUCUUCUUUUCUUUUGUUUAUCACGGAUCAGUUAUCAUUUUGUAUGCUUUUUGGGAAACCUAUUGUACAUGUUUUACAGAUCAUUGUCUUGUCAAAUAAAAUGUAAACCAAAA